AUGAGAGUGACGUGGAGAAUACACAUCCUUUUCCCCAUGCUCCUUUGGCUGCUCGCAGUAGCGAUUGUUGACUCGAGGGAUCACUCCAGUUCCAGAGUGAGAGGUCGUUUACGAGGCCACCGACGGAGAACGCAAACUAUCAAGGGCAUGGGGGGCAGCAGCUCUAGCGGUGACAAGUCAACAAGAGGUGUUUACAUGGGGAAACUCGGUACUAAAAAAAAGAAAAAGAGAUCUGUUAUCAAAGAAGCCAAAACGAUGGUAAGGAACCUUCGAGCUGCACACAAAAUUCGAAAAUCGUUCAAAGCGUAUGCGAAGGUUCCUGAUUCACACAAACACACGAUGAGAAUGGGCAAAGGUAUGAGCUCAACUGGGAUGAGCAUGAACAAGAAUAGUAUGAUGGGCUCUAGCAGUAAGAGCUCCACGUACCAAGACUCCUAUUCUGGAAGCUCGCCGACCUUUUCUCCGCUGGGAGACUCGAUUGACGGAGGAGCGGUGGUGCCAAUAGACGGGCAAGUCAACGAAGACACGGUAGAAGGCUAUGGAGCGCCUGAUGAGCCCCCGGGAGAGACAACAAACAAUCAGCUACCAGUACCGGUAGAAGACGAUCCAUUCGGAGUCUUUGAUUGCAGUGUUGCGUAUGAGCUGGACUUGAACGAAGUUGUCGUCGUCGAUCCACCCGAAGCCGAUAUCAGUCAUGUCCAGGAUUGUGCUGGCGGGUACACCACGGAAGAUCUAAACACCCACGCAAGGGGGACUUGGUACAGAAUUGAAGGUACUGGAAACCUGCUGAAGGCCCAUUCGUGCCCGGGAUUGCUUUCAGUUUACCAAGGAGAGUGCGACGAGCUGACCUGUGCCGAAAGUCGAAUCAACCGGCUUGGUUGUCAAGUAGAGUGGAUGUCCAAACCCGGGGAACACUAUUACCUUUUGGUGCAGAGCACUGUGCAUUUAUUGGGGACGGAGGACGAGGGCUUCAAUAUUGAGAUCGAGCUGGUUGUGGAAGAGCGAGAAAAGUCGUCCUCUGAUGGCACUGAUGACAUCUUCUUGCCGGGAGACGAGAGUCCUAGCGGGGAUGAGGACAUUUUUACCGACGAGUGCAAAAACAAUGCCAGGCCUGCUCCGAUUGACGACUCCGUCAUUGCUACCUUUCAGUUCUCCAUUCAUGAUGACUACUCACCAUGCGGAAACGCCAUCACUUCGCCAUUUGAUACAAGCAUUCGAGGAGCUUGGUUCACUGUUCAAGGCGAGGGGCAAACUUUACGAGCAUCGUCAUGUCCUUUCACGCUCUCUGUCUUCGAAGGAGCAUGCAACGACUUGGCGUGUGCCGAGGGACAGCACAGCGAUGCUUUGGCAUGCGAUUUCGAAUGGAAAAGUUCAGACAAUGGCCUCAACUAUAUUCUAGUGCAAAAUACAGUUGCUGGGGUGGUGUACGACGGUCCGUUCGAUCUAUCUAUUCAUACUGUUGUCGAGCUUCCACCUACAGAGAUCCCAUCCUUUGGUCCUGACACUCCUAACCCAACCUUCCAGCCAGACACUCCAAAUCCAACCUUCCAGCCAGACACUCCCAGCCCAACCUUCCAGCAAGACACCCCAAACCCAACCUUCCAGCAAGACACGCCUAGCCCAAGUUUCACACCCGGCACAACGCCAAACCCAACUUUUCUACCCACGCCAGAUACAGAUACCCCAUCUAUGAUAAUGCCAGAUCAGCCCACAGUUGCACCUAACGCCCUUCCUGAAACUGAGUUUCCAACUUUUGCGCCAAUGCCAGUUACCGACAUCCCUACCUUUUCUCCAGGGACAGACUCACCGUCCUUUGGACCAGCAAUACAACCUGUUGCACUGUCUCCAGAAGCUGCCCCUGCCACAACAGCGCCAUCAUUUGAUAUCACCAUGGCUCCUACUGACGAUGAUGGAGACGAUGUGUUCGUUGAGGAGUGCUUGACCAACAGUGCAUUCGUAGAGAUUGGGGAAACGAUCACCACGGACUUUCGGUUUCCACUGAGUGAAGACUUUGUCCCCUGCGAGAUCGAGACAUCGCCGACAAAACGAAAAGUCAUUCGGGCCACAUGGUUUACAGUGAUUGGGGAUGGAAACGUCUUAAUUGCGGAUUCGUGCCCGUAUCAACUAUCUGUGUACACUGGUGGAUGUGACGACUUGAUUUGCAGUGGCGGCCUUUACAGCGAUGCCAGGAGUUGCUCGUUUCAAUGGCGCACGCCGCCAGAUGGAUCCCUCAGCUACAUCCUUGUCCAGAGCACAAUCAACGGGUUCCCGGAUUCCGGAGAUCUUUCGUUAACUCUUACCGUCACUGAUGCCGGUACAGCAGCGCCAGCACUACCGGGAACUGUCGAACCAACGUUUUCUCCCAACACAAUCGCUCCAACGUUCGAAGAAGAAAUCUUGCCGACUCUUCUUCCCUCCACCCCCGGCUCAACCACCACUGAAAGGCCCACGUUCGCGCCGAAUACCGAGACGCCUACCUUUGAACCAACUACGCCCCCUACUGACCCUAUUGCAACUGAUGAACCCUCGUUCGCGCCACUGAUACCGACGUUACCCCCAAACACAGUAGCACCUUCAUUUUCGCAAGUCACACUGGCCCCCACUUUCCUUGUUACUUCUGGUCCAACUCUAAGCCCGACGCGGGACUUCCCGGGAAAUAUGACUCUGCAACCAACUCGAGACUAUCUGCCAAUAAGGACACAGCAGCCGUCCGCACUAAUGCCAACUACGGACGUGGCAACCACUGUGCCAACAGGGGGGAUACCAUUGUCUCCCACCAUGCCCGAAGUAGAAACUUCUGUCCCCACAACAUCUGUGACUACUGGGAUGUUCACAAUCAUGAGCGUCAUUGGUUCAGCUGCCAACUUCUCCACUCUCAAUGAAUUGAUUAUUGCUGCUGAUUUGGUGACCACUCUGGAGGGAGAAGGUCCUUUUACAGUAUUUGCUCCAAACAAUGCAGCCUUUGAAAAGCUGCCAGAAGGAGCUUUAGAUUCCCUGUUGGCCAACCCUGACACUUUGAGGGAAGUCUUGUUGUAUCAUGUUGUUGAGAUGGACCUAAUCUUGACAUCGGAAUUGGAGGAGGGGGCAGUUUAUCCAACUGCGCAAGGUGGAAAUCUUGUCAUAUCAGAAGAAGGGUCAUCCUUUUUUGUCAACGAUGCUAGAGUAAUCUUUGCUGACUUGAUAGUGGGCAAUGGAGUGCUGCAUGUUAUUGAUACGGUCCUUUUUCCAUCCACAGAGGCACCUUCGCAGCCUCCAGGAUUUACAUCCUUUCCUACGUUGCCAGAGGAACUGACAGGAAUGCCAACCACACCAUCAACGGGACCAAGUCCAACAUCCAUCCCACUUCCACAAACAGAUUCUCCAACCAUUUCUGAUGCUGUCACAUCUGUGCCAACAACAUCGGUCACCACCGGCAUGUUUACAAUCAUGAGUGUUAUUCGGUCUGCUGCCAACUUAACCACACUGAAUGAGCUGGUGAUUGCUGCUGAUUUAGUGGCUACCCUGGACGGAGAGGGACCUCUGACAUUGUUCGCACCCAACAAUGCGGCAUUCGACAAGCUACCAGAAGGAGCUUUGGACUCCUGGGUGGCAAACCCUGAGGUUCUAAGGGAAGUCUUACUAUAUCAUGUUGUUGACAUGGACCUUGUAUUGUCAGCAGAACUGGAAGAGGGUGCAGUUUACCCAACGGCCCAAGGUGAAAACAUUACGAUAUCGGAAGACGGAUCAAAAGUCUUUGUCAAUGAUGCCAUGGUGAUAUUUGAAGAUUUGAUAGUGGGCAAUGGAGUGCUCCAUAUUAUUGAUUCUGUGCUUAUUCCAUCUGGAUUACCAGGAUUUACUUCCUCUCCGACAUUGCCAGAGGCUGAAACUGGGUCGCCAACCUCAUCAGCAACAACUUCAAGUCCAACUACAGCAUCACUUCCUGUGACAUCUUCUCCUACUGGGCAAGAUAUUGAAACGAUGGCUCCAACCGCAGCAGCAACUUCCCUUGGUCCCUUGACAUCCUCUCCAACAAUGCCAGUGAUAGAAACAACGAGCCCAACCGAAGCAGCAUCACCCACAACGAUGCCAGUAUCUACAUUGAGUCCAACUGCAGGAUUACCACCGGCAACAAUGAUUCCAACUCCAGCAACGGUACCACCAACGCCGUCGGCAUCUCUUGUCCCAUUGACUCCUUCCCCUACGGUGUCAGAUGGAGACACGACGAUGCCAAGUGCAAUGACACCCAACAUACCACCAGCGUCAGUAGCUCCAUCAGAUCCGCUUCCCACUAUUUCGCCCUCGCCGACGUUCUCCGCACCUCCCAAUGACGAUUGUUCCGAUUCGACGGAUCUGAAAGUAGGCGGCACCAUUGUGGGAACAACGCUAGGUGCAAAGGCGGAGCCUCGAAACCUGGAUACUUGUUUUCGACGAGACGUCGAACCGUCCCGUCUAACAACAAUACGUGCCGGGGUGUGGUAUUCAUUCAAUCUUGAAACCUCUCCUUCAUCUGUCGAGCGCUUUCGAAUCUCUGCGUGCAAUGGCACCAGCGCGGAAAAAGCCCCAGUCCAUCUGACGUUGUACGAAAGUGACAACAAUGGCUGUGAUGUUCUCAUAUGCGCCGUGACGAUCAACCACGUGGGAUGUGCUUUGGAAUUCGAUGUGCCAUUAGUGAAGCAAAUUGGUUUGACCUACAAGCUAUUGGUGGAGCAGAACAUUCCCUUGGAUGACCUUGAUGCCGGUGGAAUCUUUUGGUUGUCACUGCUGCCGACGGUUAUCCCUUCGAACGAUGAUUGUUUGAGUGCAACGGCAAUUGAUGUGGGAGACGUUAUCGCGGCAACUGCCUUAUCAGCCACCCCCGAAUCCACUGCCACCACAUCUCUGUGCAACAGAGACAACGGGGAUAUCAUUGAGCGCCUUUCCGACAAAGAUCCAGUCCCUGGUGUUUGGUACCGCAUGUUUGUCGGUGGUCGAGUCACCCUCUUGGCCUCAGCUUGUGGAUCUGACCGAAGCGACUUGGUUCAUGUCACUGUGUACACAGGGCAGUGCAACAGCUUGCAAUGCGCAUCGGAUAAACUCGCGUCACCACUUUCAUGCGAAUCAAUGUGGGAGGCUACGUCUUCCGAGUCGGUCUACUUGAUUCUAGUGGAACGCGUUUUGGAGUCGGGGACCGAUGAUGGAAGCUUUCAGCUAUCGGUAGAGUUUUCAUAA